AAUGACUGAAGCUACGCCAGAAAUAACUCUUUAAGUGUAUGUAUAAGCAUUAGAAAAUUUAUAAAAUGCAUAUGAAAUCUUACAUACACCUUACCCCAAUUUUAUGGUCGAGAGUACUAAAAUGAUGGUGUCUCCUGAAUAUCCAGUUGAAAUAAGAAUGAAGAUUGGUAUACUUUUAAAGGGGGUUCUGAUAGAAUAAUGGGAAUCAAUAUAGCCAUCAAGAAAAGUGAUACGUGAACUCUUAUUGAAUGGAUUAGUUAUGAAUGUUUCAAAUAUGCCAAUAAUUGAGUUAAUUGUAAUUAAAUUAAAAAUAUUUUAGUCUUCCAUAAUAGUAUAAAUAAUAUCUAUUGAUCCAAGUCAUAUUUGGCCAAACCCUUUGAUUGAAUUGUUAAAUUGGAUGGAUGACUUUAAUGCAAUAGAAUCAAGUCUAGAACUAUUUUUACAAUUAUUUGGAAGAUUGAGUGAAACUAAUGGUGAAUAACAAACCUUAUGUAAAGAAAUUGUUCCAUCAGUUCUUGAGAAAGGUUUCAGUAUAUUUGCUUAACCUGAAUUAAAUGAGAAAUUAAGAGAGAAAAUACUUUUAUUAGUUUAUUUAGUAUUCAGAUCAAUUUCAUUUGCAGAUGGAACUGAUAAUUCUUUUGUGAAUAAAUGUCUAGAUUCAACUUUUUAGAUUUGGAUGGUAUGAUAUAUAAUUCAUUAUUUUAGUCUUUAUUUUUAUCAGCCUUGCAAACAUCUCCAAAAUCACAUAUAUUCAUUAAGAAAUUGGUUUUGAAAAUAUUGAUUGUAGUAUUUAGAGAUUUUGGAGUAUAUAGUCGAAAAUCAUUGUCAUUAUCAUUAAUUCCAGUGUGGAAAUUUUUUAAUUCUAUAACUUAGUUAUAUGUAGGCCAUAUAGUUUACUAAAUUGAUGUAGAACAUAUUGAUAAUUUGUUUUCAGAAGAAACUAAGGGAUUACCAUAAACUAAUUAGAGAAUUAUAAAUUUAUAAAAUGGUAUAUAUUUAGAUUUAGAAUUUAGAUAUUGAAUAUAAAUAUUUAAAUGAAGAUGAUGAUUAUGAUAAUCAUAUUGAGGGUCUUUGUGCUUAUUCAAUAGAAUUAAUUACUAUUUUAGUUACAAAACCUGCUUUAUACAAUUUAAUAAAGUUUGGUACUUUUCCACUUUUGAAUACAUUGGCAACAUUCUUAAUAGCCACAAAAGAUUAAGAAAGAUAAUGGGUUAAAGAUCCUAGCUAUUUCAUUCUUAAUGAUGAAGAGGAAUUACUUUAGAAGAGUGUAAGAACACUUGCCUUGAGAUUGAUUAAUGAUAUUAUAGAGAAAUAUGGAGAUAGUUUUGUCCAGUAAAUUUUAAUGGUAGGUGAAAAACUGAUAUUAAAUCGAGAUGAAAAAGAAUUCAUUGAGUUAGCUCAAUAAAUUAUAUCGAAAUUAAACUUUUAAGAAUUAAAAGGAUAAUAAUCAAAAGAAUUUGAUUAAGAUAGUGUUAUGUAAUUUAUGAAAACUUCUGCUAUUUAUGUAAGUAAUUAAUUCUAUCUAAAAUCAUUUAUAUAAAAAAGAAAAGAAACUGGCUAUCUCUUAUUAGGUAGUUUCUCAGAAGAUAUUAUUGUUUUUCAACAAAAACAUGAAAGCACCUUCGAUAUUAAAAAAUGUAUGUAGAACAUACUUAUUGAAUUGGAAAGAUAAAGUAUCAAACUUUAUUAAUUUCUAUCUAGAUUCGAGUAGUUUAUAGGCUCGAGCUAUUUGGAGCACAACAAAAUACUCUGAAUUGAUAAGUCAUUAAUUUAAAGAACUAUUAGUUCCCUUUUUUGAAUCAGUACUGAAUUAUUUAAAAUCUAAAUAUCCAAUCACAUUAAAAAUAGUAUCAGUAAAAGCUUUAGGAAAGUAAAUAUUUAAAUUAAUAAUAUUAGUUAUGCUACAAAAAUAAAUAAAUAUAGUAUACCUUUUCAAUAUAAAGCAGAGAUAAUGGAUUUAAUAUUGUAAGUCUUACAAGAAGCUAGUCAAGAUUAAAUUAUCUAUGUUUUAGAAUCAACAAUUAAUUUAGUUAGAUUUUCAACUAUUCUAGCCACUACUUUGGCAAAGAAUGGAUCUAAGAUUCUAUUGUAAUUUUUUAGUAUUUUCCAUUCUGAAUCAGUUGUGAUUAAACAAUUUAAUGAAUUGAUUAUGAGAAUUUGUUAAUGUAAAGAUGCUUAUCCACAUAUUUUUGAUGUAAUUAAAAACAUUUAUAUAAAGGUUUUCUGUCCAUUUAUAAUGGAUUGUUUUUAAGUAUUUUAUGAAGACAUGAAUAAAAUCUAAGAUAAAAGUAAAAUGAAAUAAACAGAUAUUGGUUUAAUGAGUGCAAUUAUGCAUCUAACUUCAAUUUUUAUUAAAUAUUGUUCUGAUAAUAAGGCUUAAGAAGCAUUUAUUAAUUUAUUACCUUCUAUGGUUAAUCUAAUACUGAUUAAUGAAGAUCCUUAAUUAUAAGUUCAUACCAGUUAAUGUUUAAAAAACUUUAUUAUCAUUGAAACAGGAUAAAUUCUAAAAAUGUAUAUAUUUUAAUUAUCUACAAAAGGAAUCUUGUAUAAGAUGUAAUGAAGGUGAAUUUAAAAUUAUUAGAAGUACCUUAAAACUCUGCUAAUGAAUCAGCCUCAUUAUUUGCUGGAAAUUUAGUGAUGAUUACAAUAAACAAUUUAUUAGAUGGCAAUCCAGAUAUUAAUUUAUUAAAAUCUGUUGUCUUUAAAAUAUAUAGAUCUAGAAUGCCAUCAACUGUUUAAUCUUUAGUUUUAGUUUAUGCUAGAAUGAUUAUUGAGAAACCAAAAGAAUCAAUUAAUUUCCUUACUUCUUGGAGUAUAGAUAACAGAAUGGCAUUAAAAGUCCUUAUUGAUAAAUGGUUAUUAUAAUAACCUUUAUUUAGAGGAAAAGGUACUAAAAAUGCAACCUUCACUGCUCUAAUGAAAUUAUUCUUACUUAAAGAUAAGACUUUAGAAAAUUUAUUAGUUAUAGGUUAUAAUCCUAGUCAUUAAAAUAUUAAUAGUGGUAAUAUUAUUAUAUUAAAUUUAGAUGUAUAUGCUCCUUUUAAAAUAUUAUCCUUAUUAAUUAGAUGUUUAGAUAAUGAAAUUACUCCACAUACUUAAAAUAAUAAUGAUCUAAAAUAAGAAGAUGAAAGAUUAGAAGUUGAAGAUGAUGACGAUGAAGUUAUCAAAAAAGAUCAAUUUCAAGAUUAAGUUGAUGUUGAAAUUGAAAAAAUUAAAGAUGAUGAUGAAUAGGAUAUUGCAGAAAGAUUUGCUGUACUUAUUUAUUUAAAAUUUAAGUUAUUGGAUCCAAAAGAAAAGAAAGAUAAAGGAUUAGCAGAUCUAGAAACAGGCUCAACUUUAUAUAUGAGUGAAUUCCUAGAUUUUAAUUAAGAAGUAGGAGAAGAAUGUGAUGAAACUACUGAAGAAGAUUUAACUUAUCUUAAAGAUCCUUGCUUAAAUAUCAAUUUAGUGGUAGUUUUUAAAUAUUUUAUUCAAGGAUGCCCUUAAGGAAUUUUUCUAAAAUUUAAUAAAGAAUGAUCCAGACUAUUUAAAAUUCUGUCUUAAAAAGUUGCUUAAAGAAGACAUUAAUCUUUUAUAGAAACAUAUCAAGCUUAAUUUCUGAUUAAUUUGAAUAUUAAUAAAAAAUUGUUUAUAUUUAC